AUGCAAUCUUUGCUCCGGAAUGUCUGCCGAGCCGGAAACCGCGGGGCUGCGGCGAGGCUCCUGGAAUUUGCUGCUCCUGUAGCCACUCAGCCGGGGGCUACCCCGCCAUCCUCGGCCAUCAAAUACCUCAGGCCUUGCGGGUUCACUCCUCCAACUGGGGUAGGAUUCUUGUCCUCUUUUGUCUCUUCUUCGAAUUCGUCCAGGUCAUGUCAUCUGGAUCAAUUUCUUUGCGUGCAGAAUUGGUUCAUUUCCCGUGAUGGUGUUCCUGCCUCCUCUGGUUUCUGCGCAAAGGUUCUCAUGACGAGGAGUUUGUCGACGGUGGGAACUGUUGAGGUUGCCUCGGACGAGGACGAUUCCAGCUCCCCUGCGGUUGAGCACCCCCCACGCAUCAAGUUCAAGAGGCCCGACAAGACUGCCAGGCACAUUAUGAAUAUCUUGAACAAAGAGGCGGUUGAAAAGGUCCGUUCGGAGAGGGAGAUUCCUGAUGUGCAGCCUGGAUGCAUCAUUCAGAUGAGAUUGCAAGUUCCUGAGAACAAACGGCGAGAGUCUACAUUGAAAGGGAUUGUGAUAGCAAGGCGCAAUGCUGGGAUAAAUACAACCUUCAGAUUGCGUAGAUUAGUAGCUGGUGUGGGAGUCGAGUCCGUCUUUCCACUUUACUCACCAAACAUCAAAGAAAUGAAGAUCUUGGACAGGAAGAAAGUCAGGAGAGCUAAGCUGUAUUACCUGAGAGACAGGAUGAAUGCACUUAAAAAAUGA